AUGAGUUCGAAGAAGGUUUCAAUUCCUAAUGCCAGUGGAGACUCUGCUGCUAUGAACAAAAUUGAUUUCGCCAGUUUGGAUUUGGAACAACUGGGAGUUGUUAGACAACAAAUUGUCAGAGAAGCAGAACUUAUAGAACACUCUCUUUCGAGCUUGAAGUUUGCCCAGCAGAGAUUUAUAAACAGCCAUAAAGCAGUUAGCAACGGAAUGAAAGCUGAAAAUGAGGGCAAACAAAUUUUAGUUCCCCUGACUGACUCCCUGUACGUACCCGGUAAACUGAGAAAUGCUAGCAAAGUUCUGAUUGAUGCAGGGACUGGUUACUAUGUCGAAAUGAACUCCGAUAAAGCUUGCCAAUUUCUACAGAAACGUAUUGAUUUCGUUAGUGAAGAAACAGCUAAAGCUCAGGGAAUCUUGAACCAGAAGAUUGAUAUGCAAAAUGUCUGUCAAAUGAUGAUUCAAACUAAAGUAUCACAGCUUCAAGAAGUAGCUAACAUGCAGCAACAGUUUUCGAAAAGCAACGUGAACUCCGUUGUAUCAAAGUGA